AUGUCGGGCGGCUGGAACACGAUCGAGUCUGAUGCCGGCGUCUUCACAUAUCUCAUCGAGUCCCUCGGCGUCAAGAAUGUUCAGUUCGACGAGCUCAUCUCCCUGGACCCCGAGUCCCUGCAAGAACUCAACCCGCUCGGCGUGAUUUUCCUGUUCAAGUAUCCUUCAGACGAGACGCCCCGGGAUGCGCCUCUGGACGGAGAAUUCGAUUAUGCUGCCCUGGAACCGUCACAGGAUGGUGAUGGACCGGUCUGGUUCGCUGCCCAGACCAUCCAGAACGCAUGCGGCACACAAGCGCUCCUCGCAGUCCUGCUGAACAAGGAUGGCCCUCAGGAUGAAGGAGGUGUCGACAUCGGUCCCAACCUGCGCGAAUUCAAGGAAUUCACAUCUGCGUUCCCUUCCGAGAUCCGUGGCGAGGCCCUCUCCAACUCCGACCUGAUCCGCGAGACCCACAACAGCUUCGCGCGAUCCUCGCCGUUCGUCUCCGACGAGACCCGCCUCGCGACGGCCGACGACGACGUCUACCACUUCAUCGCCUACACCAGCAUCAACAGCACCCUGUACGAGCUCGACGGGCUGCAGCCCGCGCCGAUCCGACACGGCGACGCCGGCGCCUGCCCCGCCGAGAUCUUCGCCGACAGCGUGGUGCCCGUGCUGCAGAAGCGCAUCGCGCGCUACCCCGCGACCGAGAUCCGGUUCAACCUGCUGGCCAUCUGCGAGGACCUGCGGCGGCGGGCGCGCGACGCGGGCGACGCCGAGGGCCUGGCGCGCGAGGAGCGCAAGCGCCGCGAGUGGCGGUGGGAGAACGCGCUGCGCCGCCACAACUUCGUCGGCUUCAUCGGCGAGCUCAUGAAAGGCGUCACGGCGGACAAAGCGCGACGGGCGGGCGCGCACGAGGAGUGGGUCGAAGCGGCCAAGGCGGCGACGGCGAGGCGGGUCGAGGAGAGCCGGCAGAAGGGCCGCGCGGGAGACGAGAUGGACCUCUCGUGA